AUGAGGAAGGUGAAGGGUAAUUUGAUUGAAAGCAUGAAAGCAAGGAGCUCAGAGAAUGGAAACUAUAGGACUAUAUCUUUCAAGAUACUUUGCAGCCAUACUCCUUCUUCUGAUGGUUACUCCAAGUUUGGCCUUUUGUUGCUCUCUCGUUUCUCAGAACAGUUCAUAGUGACUACUCCAGCGGAAUCAAUCUUGGCUCCAUUAGGUGGAGUAGUUGAGCUCAGCUGCCAGCUAUCCCCACCACAGAGUGCAGAACACAUGGAGGUGCGCUGGUUCCGGGAUCGUUACACACAGCCUGUUCACCUGUACAGGAAUGGUAAAGAUGUGUAUGGAGAAACGAUCUCCGAAUAUGUGGAGCGAACAGAGUUCCUGAAAGAAGCCAUUGGAGAGGGUAAAGUGACUCUCAGGAUCCUUAAAGUCAGUGUAGAUGAUGAUGGGCAAUACCAUUGCUUCUUCAAGAAUGGCAAUUUCUAUGAUGAAACUAUCAUAGAACUGAAGGUGACAGCUACAAACUUAGAUAUACAGAUUGUUGUGCAUCCUCCUAAUAUCAAAGGGGUAUUGGUGGAAUGUAAUUCAGAAGGCUGGUUCCCACAGCCUCUGAUGAGUUGGAGAAACAACAGAGGAGAGAUAAUGCCAUCUGUAUUCACAUCCUACUCGAUGGAUAGUGCCAAAUUGUUCAGCAUGAAGAUGACCCUCCUCCUUAAAGAUAAAUCUUAUAGAAAUGUCACGUGUUGUCUUCAAAACCCAUUAACUGGUCAAGAGGAAAGAGUCAGCAUUGUCCUGUCAGUCCCUAUUUCUGAUCCACAUUUCCAGUUGGAUACUAUGUGGUUGGAAGAUAUGACUGUGGUCAUGAGUGUGCUGAUCAUCUUCAUCAUCAUGCUCAUUUCUUCUGUUUACCUCAGAUUGAGAGAAAAAUCAGAGCUUAGUCGUAUCAGUCCUCCAGUUACUUAA